GUUUAAAUUAGACUGCAACGUAAUGAAGACCUUGCCAAGAACAUUUUUGAUAAAAAUUGUUCUUUUAUUUUAAUGAAGCGCGCUUUAUUCAAACAAGAUUAUUUUGUGAUUUGUUUUGCUGCGAUAAAGAAGGAACGUGUAUACGUUGUGAUAGAAGAUAUUUUAUAAUUUUUGUGUUGUUGUCUUCUUAAAAUUUAAGUCUGCUUACUAUGGAGAUUUUUCUGACGAUAAUGUUUGCUAUAAUAAGGCUGUUGGACAUCAUUUCUGAACCGUUUUUCAAAUGCAGGGCCAAAAAUAAGAAACUGAACUUGCCACCAAUAAGAAAUGACCUUUUAAAAAUAAGUGCCACUGAAUUGGCAAGUAAAAUAAGAAGAAAACAAAUAUCUAGUCUGGACAUAUGUGAAGCCUAUAUUGAGCGUGUCAAAGAAGUCAACCCAACUUUAAAUGCAGUAGUAGAGGAUAGGUUCAAUGAAGCUCUAAAAGAAGCCAAGCAAGUCAAUAGUUAUCUACAGACAACUUCAUUAAGUGAAGCAGAAUUGGAAAAAAUUAAACCUUUAUUAGGAGUUCCAGUUACAAUUAAAGAAGCUUGUGCUGUUAAAGGGAUGACGCAUUGUACAGGUUCUCUAUCGCGUCUUGGCUUCACAGCAGAAAACGAUGCCGAGGCGGUUGCGAAAUUGAAAUGUGCUGGAGCUAUUGUGUUACUUGUUUCCAAUACUCCAGAACUGUGCCUCAGUUGGGAAACGUUCAAUUACAUAACUGGGCGAACUAAUAAUCCUUAUGAUCCUACAUGCACGUCAGGUGGAUCUUCUGGAGGUGAAGGAGCGUUACUAGGCUCCGCAGCAUCACUUAUUGGCAUUGGAUCAGAUGUAGCUGGUUCCAUAAGACUACCAGCACUUUUUUGUGGCGUAUUCGGUCACAAACCUACUUCAAGAAUUAUUUCGAUAAAAGGGCACUGGCCAAUGGGCCAAGACGAUAAAUAUAAUGAUUAUUUAGUUGUUGGUCCUAUGGCUAGAUAUGCUUGCGAUUUGAAGUUGAUGAUGAAAGUUUUGUGUAACGACAAAACCAGUGCUGAGCUUAGAUUAAAUGAAUCAGUUGACUUAACUAAGCUGAACGUUUUCUUUAUUGAAGACAUAAGAAGUUCAGUAAUACAACCGUAUACUUCACAAGACAUAAAGGGGGUUAUUGAAAAGUCUGUGAAACAUUUGAAGGAAUUUUAUGGAUCUACUAUCAAAGAUUACAAGUUCAAGAGCUUUGAUAAUAGUUGGAUAGUUUGUAAUAAGGAAAUUACUGGAAUUGAAGAUACACCAUAUCCGUUUAAAUGGGAGGCAUGCGGUGAUUGUUUUGACUUAUUUAAAUCUCCUUUUGGUAAGUCAAGAUACACCUGGAAUUUAUGGUAUUUUUAUAUCUUGGAUAAAUUGUAUAAACUGAUUGUAAGCGAUUAUUCAGUGGAGAAUGAAAAAAUGAAAAAGGAAGUGGUUGAAAAGUUAGACAACAAUGGAGUCAUCAUUCUUCCAACUUUCAUAGACUCGGCUUGCAAGCACAAUCAAAUGAACUUCAAAGUUAGUUAUUCUCAUCUUAGCAUAGCAAAUGCUCUAGGGUUACCUGCCACAUCGGUUCCUUGUGGAUUUGAUAAGGAAGGAAUGCCUAUUGGGGUUCAGGUAUUAGCAGCACCUCACCAAGAUAGACUGUGCUUAGCUGUUGCUGAAGCUUUGGAACGAUAUUUUGGUGGUUGGAUAGAACCACCAGAAUAAUAAUUAGUUUCAAUGAAUUAUAUUUACUUUUUUUUUUAUUUUAAUUUUUGGCAUUGUGAAUAUUGUUUACACCUAAAUAGAACUUCUCCAUUACUAUUUUUCUUAUCAAAGACAAAAAAGGUUACCAUCGUUUAUCGUUUAUAAAAUAGUCGCUACUUCAGGUUAUAAAUUGAUUACAAUUCCUCUAUCAAAACCAAUAACAGUCUUCUGGAGUAGCUUCACACCACAGAUUUAGAAAUCCUGAACCUUAGCAGCCUACCGAUCUCUGUUAUAGACGUAGACAAGAGGUGAUAGACUUGACGUUGGGCUCACUCUCCAUAUAAAAUACACACCAGCCGAUACAACAUUAUCUAAUAUUAGUAAAAUAUGCAAGGUACUUGGCAUCAGCGGCUUUACGUAGAGAUCAUUUUUCACAUAGUACAAUUUUUUUCAAAUAAUUUCCUUAAGUAUGACACACUUUUAUCUAUUGAUAUAUUUUUUAAAUAAAACUAAACAUCUGAUUGAUUAUAAACUUAUCUAUUACCAUUUUAGAAUAAUUGCAAAUUCAAAUCUUAUGUAUCCUCACUAUAAUUUAUAGCUAAAGAAUCUCCGUGCCCUUCUUUACACAACUCCGCAUUUUUCGAAUACAAACUACUAUCCGUAUAAUUAUAAACCUUCAAAAACGUUACAAAAUAACCACAACUAGCUGGUAUAUUUUUUAUUGUUACUGAACUAUUCGUAGCCAAAAACGUAAAAUUAUUACCAUCUUUUAGCAAAUCACCUGAUGCAGUACAAUUGCUUUCCAUAGAACAAUCCAACGCGAUGU